GACGCAUGUUGGAAGUUUUUGGAUAAAUUACCCGACGGAACUCAAAAUUUUUGAAUUAUUAUUAAAACUUGGUUAGAGAAGAACUUGUACCGGUAUUUGCAAUUUGCACUUUUUUGACUGCAGUAGUUGAUUUGUAUCAAAUCAGAAAACACAAAGAGUCACGCGACUAAAAGGUGACAGGCAAUAUGAUUGUUUUGUUUUCUCUCCCACUCGCUGAAGUGGACUUUGACCAAAGUAUAUUGUACAGUACAAUCAUACUGGCGAUAUUGCUAACGGGAAAAAAACGAACCGGAAAAUUUCUGGCUACGUUAUGGGAAAUGGCGGGAUGGCAAGCUUGGUCCAGAAUUACUACCAUUAACAGACGACAGCUCAUGUUUCAGGGGCUUGGUUGGGGGAUACCUUUGACUCAGAUUAAAAAGCUCCUUUCGGUUCGCAAUGUGGUGCGCAAAAGAUCCAGCAUUCGAAAGAAACGAGGACAUAAACAUGUAAACCGAACGAUUGAAAUGUACCGCAUAAUGCCACUAAAGGCAAUUUCCAGGGCAUGGGGGAAAUUCAACCAAUUAGAAUUGCCAGUGGUGUUGAGGCGCCCCCUGCUGGGACUCUACGUCUGGAUGUUCGACUGUAAGGUGGACGAAGCCAUGGAAACAGAACUACAGAACUACAAAAACCUGGGAGAAUUCUUCCGUCGUGUCCUGAAACCAGACAUUCGACUGAUCUCACAAAAGGAGGAACUGACAAACCCUGCAGACGGCAAGAUCCUUCAUUUUGGUGAAGUGACAGACGGUAUCUUGGAGCAGGUUAAAGGCAUCAAUUACUCGGUUAAGCAUUUCCUGGGUCCCCAAACAUGGAAUUCAAACUCUAAGAAGUCCAAGCGUUUCGCCAAACAGACAGAUGAGGAGUACUUUCGUGGACUAAAGGUUAAACCCGGCAACAAACUGUAUCACUGUGUUGUGUACCUUGCCCCCGGGGACUACCAUCGAUUUCAUUCUGCCGCCAAAUGGACUAUUAACUACAGACGCCAUUUUCCAGGUGAACUGUUGAGCGUGAGUCCAGGAAUAGCGCGCUGGAUCCACGGACUCUUUGUUCUGAACGAACGCGUGGCGUACAUGGGCAACUGGGAACACGGCUUCUUCUCUUAUACAGCUGUAGGUGCCACUAACGUGGGCUCAAUCAAAAUCUACUGCGACCAGGAAGUGAUGACAAACGUGAAACACCACCCUGACACCCGCUAUACCCCUGGUGUGUACUUCGAUAAGGACUUCCGAGAAAACCCCAUUCACGUGGAGAAGGGUGAAAUGUUUGGCGAAUUCAAUCUCGGGUCUACCGUUGUACUGAUAUUUGAGGCCCCCGAGAACUUUAAAUUCAACGUCAACAACGACCAGAAGGUUCGGAUGGGAGAACCAAUGGGAACGUGCAAAACAUCAUAGCAGACCGGAAAUGAACAGCGUUAACUGUGAUACAUCCCACUUUUACUUUCAAAUUGACAAAGAGUAAAAAUGAUUUUUGUAUAGUUUUCAUGUUGAAAACUUGUUGCAAGCGAGAAAUAAAUGUGAAGAGUGUGAA